AUGUUAGACAAUCUAAAACAAUAUUAUAAUAAAUUCAAACAGUCUACCAUAGGAUACUGGGUAGUAUGGAUAAUAAAUUUUCUAAUUAAACAAUGGUUUUUUGUAUUUUUAGGUGUAUUUGUUGCUUUAGCUUAUGAAUAUCCACAAUUUGCCAAACAAGGUGGUAUGAUAAAAGCUCAAUAUUCAAUAGGUUAUGGUGCAGUUGCUGUUAUUUUUUUAAUUAGUGGAUUAUCAAUGUCAUCUAAACAAUUGGGUAUUAAUGCAUUGAAUUGGAGAGCUCAUUUUACUGUAUUAUCAAUGUCAUUUUUAAUUACAAGUUCAAUUAUAUAUGGUAUUGCAACUGGUAUUAAAUCAUCUCAUGAUGGACAAAUUGAUGAUUGGUUAUUAGUUGGUUUAAUAGUGACCCAUGCAUGUCCUACUACCGUUAGUUCAAAUGUUGUUAUGACUAAACAAGCUGAUGGUAAUGAUAUUUUAACUUUAUGUGAAGUAUUUAUAGGAAAUAUUUUAGGUGCAUUCAUAACACCAGCUCUUCUUCAAUUAUACAUGAAAGGCACAUGGGAUUUUGGUAAUCCAAGCCAUCAACCAGAUGGUUCAUCUACUAUUCAACAAUUAUAUGCUGAAACAAUGAAACAAUUGGGUUUAUCAGUGUUCAUACCAUUAUUUGUUGGUCAAGUUGUGCAAAAUGUCUUUCCUAAACAAACAAAAUGGACAUUAACUACUUUUAAAUUAAAUAAAGUUGGUUCUUUUAUGUUAUUAUUAAUUAUGUUUCAAUCUUUUUCAACUGCUUUUGCUCAACAUGCUUUUGAAAGUGUAAGUCAUGUAUCCAUUAUAUUUAUUGUAUUUUUUAAUAUUGGUAUAUAUUUAUUUUUCACAAUUUUUACAUAUUUUUAUUCAAGACCAUUUUGGAUAAAUAUGAUUUUUAAAGAAGCUCCUAAUGAAAAUUCAACAAUUUUAUAUAAAACAAGUUAUUGGAUUUUAAAACCUUUUUAUUAUAAUAAAAAAGAUACCGUUGCAAUCAUGUUAUGUGGUCCUGCUAAAACUGCUGCAUUGGGUGUUUCGUUAGUUAGUUCACAAUAUGGUGCUCAUAAUCCAAGAUUAGGUAUAUUAUUAGUUCCAUUAGUUUUAUAUCAAGCUGAACAAGUUAUGACAGCUCAAAUAUUGGUUAAUUUUAUGAAGAAAUGGAUUCAUUAUGAUGAUGUAAAGAAAACUGAUGAUCAAGAAGCAACACCAGUAGAUGACCAUGACAAUACAACAAAUAACGAGAGUAACAGUGACACAAUAUUAGAUGAAACGACGCAUGAAGAAUCGCAUUCAAAUAAAUCAAAAUAA